GCUGAAACAAAAGGUUGUGGGAGGAGAAAGGACUAUUAAAGGUGUAGCACUGCAGCUUUGCCAUCAAACCUGCACUGAGUAGCUCUGUUAGUUGCAAGUCACCUUCAACACCUCUUCAAGUAAUCAUGGCAAAGCGUGUUGCAGUUAUUCUAUCAGGCUGUGGAGUCUAUGAUGGCACCGAAAUCCAUGAGGCAUCAGCUGUCCUGGUCCAUCUGAGUCGUGCUGAAGCAAAAGUGCAGAUGUUUGCUCCAGAUGCAGAUCAGAUGCACGUUGUGAAUCACUGUGAGGGGAAACCUACUGAGGAGAAGAGGAACAUCCUGCAGGAAAGCGCCCGUAUUGCCAGGGGCGAGGUGACGGAUCUUGCCAAGCUGGAUGUCUCAGCGUUUGAUGCUGCCAUCAUUCCAGGAGGGUUUGGUGUGGCUAAGAACCUGAGCGACUGGGCCGUGAAGAACAAGAACUGCACCAUCCAGCCACAUCUGGAGAAGCUCAUCAAGGAUUUCCACAAAGCUGGAAAGCCUCUGGGCAUGUGUUGCAUUUCUCCUGUCCUGGCUGCAAAGCUGCUGCCCGGCUGUGAGCUCACCGUGGGGCAGGACAAACAGUGUGAAAAGUGGCCGUAUGCUCAGACAGCAGGAGAUAUGAAGGACAUGGGCUGCAAACAUGUGAACAAAGAUGUGGAUGAAGCUCAUGUUGACGUCAAAAACAAGCUGGUCACUACCUGUGCCUUCAUGUGCAAUGCUCCCUUUCACAAAGUUUUUGAUGGAAUCGGCGUCAUGGUUCAAGAAACACUGAAACUGGCCUAAAAUGUUUUGGUACAUAUUUGACUGCAUUUAUUUCCUUAAAAUAUCUAGUUUCAACAUGAACAUGUUGACCUACAGCAGCUGCUUUUGAUUUACAUGUUACAGUGUGACUUGUUUGCAAUUUUCAAUAAAAGGCUUUCAAAAAGUUAUAA